AGAAGAGAGACAGAGAGCGAUCGAAGAGAAAGAGAGACAGAGAGAGAUGGGAGAGAAAGAAAGACGACAACAACAAGAGGAGAGAAAGAUCAUGUUUGAGAGAGAUCAAGAAGAAGAAAAUAUAUGGAAACAGAAGCAAAUUGACAUGGAGAAGGAGGGAAGAGAGAGGGAGAACAAGAGACAGAGAGAGAUAGAAGAGAUACACAGACGACAACAACAAGAGGAGAGACAGAAACAAAAGGAGAAGGAGAAAGAAAGGGAGAAAGACAAUGACAAUCAGAGAGAGAUGGAAUUAAGAGAUCAGCAACAGAAAGAAAAGAUGAUUAUGAGAGAAAGGGAGGAAGCAGGAAGAAGAAAGGAGGGGCAGAAAAAUAUUUUAGGGGAAAUUGAGGGACAGAAUGAACUGGAGAUAGAACAGGAGAGAGAGAUGGAAGAAAAGCAGGAAGUGAUUAAGGAAGCAGAGGAAGAGUACAGGGAAAGAGAAGAGAGAGGAAAGGAAGUAAGCAUGAAGAAACAUGUAGUAGUUAAUGUUAAAGCAAAAGCACGGGAAGUCUUCAAUAGGCGUAAAGAGAGGAGGUUAGAAGUGUUGAAGGGGGAACGAGAACACAUAGAAAGAGGACAACAAAUCAGGAGGGAGAAGGAGGAAAGACGGCUGGAGAUGGAAAGAAAACAGGAGAGGGCAAGACAACAAGAGGAGCAGGAUAGAAAACGAGAGAUUGAAAUUGCUAGACAGAAAGAAAUGUUGAGACUAAGAGAGGAGGAGAGGCAGAGAGAGGAUGAGAGAGAGGAGGAGAGAAAGAGAGCCAUUGAAGGCCAUUUAGCUUUAAUCAGAGAGAGAGAGAAGAUUUUAGAGGUAAAGAAAAAAGAGGAGAUCCUUGAGUACAAGAGGGGUGACUUAGAGGACACUGAAGAGGAGGAGGAGAAGGAAGAUGACAAGGAGGACAUUCUCCCACCUGAUAAAAGUAUCAGAAGGAGAGCUGUGGGCUGGGUGAAUAAAACAUGGGAGAAGAGGAACCUCAGAAAGAUAGAGAGAACGUAUCAGAGAGAGGCUGAGGAGGGCCAUAAGAUCGUCCACAUAGGUAAGACCUGUUUUCCCUCUACUUAUGACAUCAUCCUCUGUAGUCUCCUCUACACACAUAAGUUCCACACCAGUCAUCAUGUUGCAUCAGUUCAUAAAAAACACACACAAAAACGUGUUUUGGGGGGGAUCCGGGGGCUAUUAGUGGCCAUGGGGCCCUAAGCGAUCACAUAUGCCCUGGCACUAUACAAAGAAUAGGUGCCAUUCUGGUGUUCAAUUUAGGACCAGGUCAAUUCGGGAUGGGAAUUAUUGCACUUUAUUGACACAUUCCAUGCCUUGCUCAACUGAAAAGAGUAAAGAAUCAUUGAGAUCCAAUUGUGUUUUCUAUUCUUCAUUCCCUGUGUCCAUUACAUUUAAGUUGAUACCAGAUCCACUAAGUUGAAUGUAAACUCUACUUCUUCUCCCCUCCCAGCCAUCCCUGGACACACAAGGUUAACAACCACCAUGACCAGGGCAGAGAGAGAGAGGGAGAAGAGGAAGGAGCUGCUGAAGGCUGAGGAGAGAAGGAAGAAGAUGGAGGAUUUCAAUAAGCAGUGGAGAGAGCGGUCCCUGCUUAAAAAACACACUCAUCAACAACUGAAGGAGGAGAGGGAGAGGAUGAAGGAAAACUACCUGGAUCAGAUGAAUCUGGAGGCUGAUGCUCAAAUCAACACCCGGUGUCUAACCACCCAACACAGCCACGAUUACAACCACGGUCAGGAGUUGCCCGGAUGGGCCACAGGCCAACAAGUAAACCAAGAGCCCACUGGAUCUGCUGGUGGCCACCAGGAAAGGCCAAGGAGGCAACAGGCAUGGGCAGAGAACCAGGAGGGGAGUUCAGAGAACCAGCAGGAGGGUCCAGACAGCCAGCAGCUAGAAGCUCCAGAAGAGGCUGAAACAUCAGAGCCAAUCUCCAACACAAAGACAAAGAAAAAGCCAAGCAUCUGGAAGAAAAUUAGGAUGAGCCUUCCUGAUGUGCUGUCUGCCUAGAGCUGGAACUCUAUGAAGCCACAGUUCCACUGAGGUUACGUUGGUAAUUAAAAGUGUCGCCCAAUAAUUCCUCCUCUUUAAGUCAUCGAGCCACAUUUCCUCCUCAAAACAUUAUAGUCUCCUCAAGCCAGCAAGUAUCCUCUUUAUCAGGCAACAAACCAUCGAAGGUCAGUGACCCUCCUCCCCAGAACAGAGACUCUCAUCUUUAUUCUAGUUAAAUUCAUCUCUGAUCCCCACCUCUACAGUCCUAGAAAAUAUCCCAAAAAUGGAAAUGGUUUAAACAGAAGUCCUCCCCUCAAACCAGUGGCUCCACAGACCAGAGUUUCUCAUCUUUAUUCAAGUUGAAUGCAACUCUGAUCAUUUCCACCAGGCCAGUGAUGUUUGAUGAUGUCAUUUUUGUUUGCAAAGUUUUAUUCUUUAAUAAAAGCAUUUAGUAAAAAAGCAAUAUUGUUGUUACGGUGUGGAUUGUUUUGAUAUUUAUUAGAAUUGAAACAUCCAGUAGUCAUGGUAGAUGUUAGACUUUCAAUGAGACACCUGACAUUCCAUCAGUUUGAUACAAUGUGUGACAUGUUAUAUUAGAGAGGAGUCCUCUAUACACAUCUAUUUUAGACCAUAGGAGAAAUAUCAGAUUGAAAUAGCUUCUCUAAGAGUCUGAGGAGAG